UCGCCCAACGAUCGCCAACUUUCAUCUUUCUUGUGGUUUUUUCCCCGUCUCGAUUGUUGAAGAUUUCAAUGGCAAGUGAAAGCGAUAAUCCAGCUUUAGCUCCUACUCCUAGUGAUGCUGCUAUGCAGCCUACUCCUAUUGGCAUGUCGUCAUCAUCACCAACACCAACUACACAACAAACUAUAAUCUCCACUAAUGAUAGUGACGCUGUCAAUCCUAAGAAACGGAAAGCACUUUCACCGAGGUCUGAAGUUUGGAAACACUUCACCAGAUUCGUUAAUAAUCAAGUUGCUUCGGAAUUAGCUUUUAGCACCGGUGGUCGUGUGCUUGAUGCAUAUAGGAGUUCUUUAAUGCCUAAGAUAGUGCAAGCUCUUAUUUGUGCUCAAGAUUGGCUACGUGGACCUUCCUAUUAUCUUCAUGACAUUGUGAAUGAUUUGGCAAAGCUUGAGAAAGUUGAUGAAGAGUUGUCAAAGAUCACAGUGGACAAUGUACUUGAUAAUCUUUAAGGCUACUGCUGAAAAUCCAACCCAAGCACCUGCCAUUGCACUUCCCUUUGUUGCACCACCCUUGUUUCCUGCAUCUUUCCUUCCAUCUGAAUCCCCCUCUGUUGUUGUUGAAGACUAUUUGUUGUUGUUUUUAUCUAGCUGAAUCUGUCCACUUCGAAAAAUAAUUUAUGGAUUUUGUUAGUUUUGGAUGUUCUUGCUGCUAUUGGAUCUUUUGCUUUUCUACGAUGUUGAAAUUUAUAAGGAUCGAAAUGAUGCAGGUCCUUUUUCUUUUUGCAUAUCUAAAUUGUUGUAAAAGUACAACAUCUUUCCUUGAUUUUUGGUGAUAGUUGUGCUGCUGUGGGAUAUUUCUUGCUUUGU